CUCUCUCUCUCUCUCUCUCUCUCUCUCUAAGUAGUAGUACCACAGAGUAUCUAGGCUCCGUGAAUAAAGAUAAAACAACUACUCAGUAAAAACAACUGGAAAAUUAGUAAAUUACAAUUAAAUUGUAAGAAUUACUUGAAAAGAAUUCGAGAUAAUCGUAGGUUAUUGUCAUUUGAGCAUGGAACCAUUGUUGAAAAAAUUCAAGACUACGAAUGAUCAAAAAAGUGAAAUUAACGAUAAUAUAAGUGAUGUUGACAAAUGUGAAAUAAAAAUGGAUGUAAACCGAGUAUUUAAUAAUGAUGAAAAAGUAAUUGACUCGAACGAUGAUGUAGAAAAAAAAGAAGAUUCAAUGUUCUUAACAGAUGAGGAUUCGUCGUUUGUAUUUCAGCCUGACAAUGAUAUUUCAGAUAUGCUAGAAGAAAUCGACUUUAAUGGUUCCUUACCAACUAUUACCGAACGUUACUUUUCUACAUAUUAUAAAGUCGAUGUUCAGAAGCCAGGAGACGACAUGUGCAUUAGAAUACAUAGUAAUCGAAUUUGUUUAAUUUCUUUAGCACCAAGUCAUAACAUUUUUAAAAAUGAUAAGAAAAUAUUAAAAGUUGAUUACAAAGUCAGCGAUAAGUUAGACAGGAUGCUAAAUAAGGUAUCUGGAAAAAGUAAACACGGUGCUCAACCUAUGCAAGUUGAUUCGAAUAUUUGCACAAUAUUGUGUUCGGAUAAAGAAAAAUACACAAUCAAGUGUUGUAUUAAUGGAAAAUUAAUGGAAGUUAAUGACGUAUUGUUGCAAUGCCCAGAAACUUUAAAGGAACCACCGCACAAAGGUGGAUAUUUAGCUCUUGUAAUGCCUAACUUAAAGCUAUUGGAUGCAGUAAAAGAUACCUUAUUAACAUCAGAAGAAUAUAAAGCAAUAAUACUUUCGCGAUCUGAAGUUAAAACGUCUUAAUUAAGUAAGAGAGAGAUA